GACUUCCUCAUCAUCGAACACAACGACUUCAUCGGCGGCCGCGUCCACCACACCACCUUCGGGAGCCGCCCCGACGGCACUCCCUACACCGUCGAGCUCGGGGCCAACUGGAUCGAGGGGGUCGGUACCUCGGAAGGACCAAGAAAUCCCAUCCUCGUGUCGGCCGAAAAGUUUGGCCUGCAGAGCACCUUCUCCGACUACGACGCCAUCCUCACCUACGACCACAGCGGCCCGCGUGACUAC